GGAUACCAAAAAUCACAACAAACCGUGUUAUUGGAAUAAAUGUUUUUUUUUUGUUAACGAUUUCUUCAAUGAGUGCGUGUUUUGAUUGGUGUGUUGAACUCCAUGAAAAGGCUAGAGGUGACAUAAUGCGACCUUUCACCUCUGUGGGUCGCGAGUGUUCUAAGUCGGUGGGGUGGGGAGGGGGAGGGGUAGACGUUUUAGGAGGGAUUUCGUUGUGGUGUUUGCUUUUUAAACUAUGGUUAUGCUGUUGAUCAUGGGGGAAGGGUAUGCAGGGGAAAUAUUUCAAAUGUACACAUCUUUAAGGAAAUUGAAAGGAGGGAUACACCACCCAAUCAAAUACAUCUACAGAUAAAGGCAAAUUAUGGCUGCCUACAAUUGCAGCGUGUUUAAUUUUUUUUUAAAUUUUGUUCCCCCCCCCCCUUUAUCGUAGCUCUAAAGUGGGGGAGGGGGGCAGUGGCGUAGUGAGGGUGUUUGGCGCCCGUAGACAAGAUUAGCCCCCGGGGACAAGAUCCAUUUUAAAGCGCCCCCUUUUCUUUUUUUCAACUCUCAAACCCAUUAUUUUUACCAAUAAUAUGAUAUCAAAUCACAUUUUGGCGCCCCAACUAGCUUGCGCCCGGAGACAUCGGUCCCCCCCUGCCCCCCAUCGCUACGCCUCUGGGGGAGGGGGACAUUUUUUUUUUCUUGCUGAAGAAAAUAUUGGUUGUUAGAAUUAACACCAGUGUGUUAAAUUAAAAUGUCAAUAUUGUGUUAUUGAAUAGCAUUAAUAUAUGAACCAUAAUUAAGGGCUGUUACAUAUACCACGACUUAUUUAUAGUUUACAUAUACCACUUUUUUAUAGUGUACACAUACCACUUAUUGAUAGUUUACACUUACCACUUAAUUAUAGUUUACAUAUAAAAUUUAUUUAAUUUUUACAUAUACCAUUUAUUCAUAGUGUACAUAUACCACUUUAUAAACUAUGCUGUAGACAUACCACUUAUUUAUAGAGUGCAUAUACCACUUAUUUAUAGUUAACAUAUACCAUUUAUUUAUAGUGUAAAUAACCACUUAUUUAUAGUGUAAAUGUACCACUUAUUUGUAGUGUACAUAAACCAAAUAUUUAUUCGUUAAGAUUCUCGUACCACUAGAGCAAGUAAACCUACCGGACACUGUACAAUAUUUUAUAACAAAACGUGACACAACAGGAAGUAGAUUCGUGCAGAGCCACGGUUGAGCCACCUUUCUCCUCUUCCAACAUUAGGAGUGCAACGUCCUGAGCCAACGCGCGUUCCGUGCAACCCCUUUGGAACCGAGGUGGGGCACAGAGCAGUGGGGCACAGAGCAGUGGGGCACAGAGCAGUGGGGCACAGAGCAGUGGGGCACAGAGCAGUGGGGCACAGAGCAGUGUGCCCUGUAUCACCACGACAAAGCUCAAGCAUAUUAUCGAUUGAAGGGGGGGGGGACAUGUUUUGGAAAAAUACUUGUUUAUGAACUUAACCCCUCUUCCUUUUUCAGAGGCCAAAGGUCGUGAUCCCCCGCAGUGGGCAGCAUUUCCUAAAUGAUCCAUCUUUUCAAUUCAUCAAUUAUCUUUUUAUCUUCUCCCAGUGCGUACCGGAGACAUCUGUCCCCCCCCCCUGCCCCCCAUCGCUACGCCUCUGACUUCAAAAAAAAAUUCGAUUUAAUUUUAUAUUCUAUAACUUAUUCUUUAAACUGUUUAAGAAUCUGUAUUUGUUGACAAAAUUCGUAAGGAUGUAUUCUUUUGGUUUGAUAUUCAGAACACCCUCAAAGAUCGUGCUGAGCAUAACUGAAAGUUCACAAUACCAUCAACAAUGUCUCAAGACAUGAAAGCCGCCAGAAGACGUUGGGAAAUCCCCAUCUCCAAGAUGGCAGACAAAACGUUCAACCCGAUUCGAAGUGUAGUGGACACCAUGACGAUCGAACCCCACCCAGACAAAACUAUGAUUACUUUGUCUUUAGGUGAA